CUGAUUUCGGGCUCGAUUGCGAGCUCGGGCCCGACAAGAAUUACCUCGAGCAAAAUUAUUCUGGCCGAACGAAUUGCCGCCGUCGUCGAGGUCAAGGAGGAGGUCGAGGUUGCGGAGGACGUCUGCAUCAAUGGUGACGACAAAAAAACCGAGGAGCGUGAGGGAGAGGCCGAUGUUGGCGGUGGUGGUGUUCUUGUCGCCUUUGUCGGAGGUGAUGACCACGACGCGUGGGGUCUCGCCGAAGUGUUGCGGCUUGCAGAUGUGCUGGAGGAGGCUCCAAUUGGGGCCGGGACUAGGGUUUUGCUCGGCUCUCUGAGGGAUUUUUUAGGGUUAAGAUGCGACGGCGAAGGUUUGCAAUGGUGUUGA